ACGCGCAGCGCCGACGAUCCAUCCGCGAAGCCCAAGGGGAGGAGGAGUGCGUAUGUCAUCUUCGUCGACGAGCAGCGCCCGAAGCUGGAGAAACAGGGCAUGUCUUUUCCCGAGAUUGCCAAGAAAUGCGGCAGGCUGUGGCGCAAGAUGACGCCGGAAGCGACGAAGAAGUAUCAGGCGUUGGCCGACGAGGACAAGGCGCGCUACGAGAAGGAGAUGGAUCUGUACCGCGCGCAGUCCGCG